ACGUUUCCGUGUGCUCUCGGGGUACUUUGUCGUCACACGCCGAACGGUCUGCGCAGUGCAGUUGGUGGUGGUUGGCAUGACAACAUGCACACGUUGGGGCUAGUUGUCUCACUCGUUUGUGUUUUCAGUCAUGUCCAAAAAUAGGCAGACAGCUGCACAUAAAGGUUACCAGAAGAAAAAGGAGGGGGAGGGGAGGAGCUGUAUAAGGUACAGAUGUGGUCUGACCAACACCAUCCAGGACAUCCUUAACCACAGACCAGGCUGGGUAGAGGUUAAAGAAGAUGGCGAAUGGGACUUUAACUGGUGUGAUGUUGGCUGGCUGAGAGAAAACUUUGAUCACUCUUACAUGGGGGAACACGUGAGAAUAUGUCACUUCCGCAACCACUAUGAGUUGACCCGUAAGAACCUGAUGGUGAAGAACCUAAAGAGGUACAGGAAAACUCUGGAGCGAGAGUCAGGCCGCUUGGAGGCGAGCAAAUGUGACUUUUUCCCCCGUACAUUUGAACUGCCAAGUGAAUAUCACAUAUUUGUGGAAGAGUUCAAGAGAAACCCAGGGAGCACGUGGAUCAUGAAGCCAGUGGCAAGAUCACAAGGGAAAGGCAUUUUUCUCUUUCGAAAACUUAAAGAUAUCACAGAUUGGAGGAAGGAUGGGACCCGAUCAGAAGAACAAAAAGAAGAGGCUCAAGUUGAGAGCUAUGUUGCUCAGCGUUAUAUUGAGAACCCGUACCUCAUUGCUGGAAGAAAAUUUGACCUUAGAGUCUAUGUUCUUGUAACAUCAUAUGUUCCUUUGAAGGCUUGGCUUUACCGUGAGGGUUUUGCACGAUUUUCCAACACAAGAUUUUCGCUCAGCAGUAUAGACGAUCAAUAUGUACAUCUCACCAAUGUUGCCGUGCAAAAAACAGCUCCUGAUUAUGACCCUGAGAAGGGUUGCAAGUGGCAGAUGCAUCAGUUGCGGCGGUAUCUGACAGCUAAACAUGGUUUGGACACAGUGCAGACUCUGUUUCAAGAAAUUGACAACAUAUUUAUACGCAGCCUGCUUAGUGUACAAAAGACAAUCAUCAAUGACAAACACUGUUUUGAGUUGUACGGAUACGACAUAUUACUGGACCAGGAUCUAAAGCCGUGGUUGAUUGAAGUAAACGCCUCACCCUCCCUCACAGCCAGCAGUCAGGAGGACUUUGACAUGAAAUACAGACUGCUGGAAGACACGCUGCACGUUGUAGACAUGGAGGGCCGUCUGACAGGCAAGGAGAAGAGGAUCGGAGGAUAUGACCUGAUGUGGAACGAUGGACCUGUCUACAAAGAUGACGGCCUGGAGGCUCUCGGGGGUUCUUAUCUUAUAGCAAACACACACCUUGGCUGUGUGAAUGACAGAGAAAAGCAACUUCAGCAGAUUUUAAAGCCUUUCCCAGGACAGAAGAAGCACUGGCGGAUCUAGGGGUGGGCCCAGAGGGUCACUGGCCCCAGUUUAAAUCUAAUUGGCCCCUGAAGUGCCCCUGUCCUCUCAGGGCCUCUGUGGCCUACACCUGUGCGUUUCGUCGAUCGGAUCACAUGAAUGAAGGAAUGAGGCAUUUUUUUAGCGCUUUAUUGUGUAUUGCUAUUCACUCAAAGCGCUUUACAAUCAAAUGAGAGGGGUCUCUCCACUUCCACUAGUGUGCCGCAUCCACUUGGAUGAUGCAAUGGCAUCAAUGUACGACGUUAAAUAUAGGUGUAAACGGUGUGUGAAACGUUUCGAGCUUGUCGACUUCCUGGAUCCGCCACUGAGAAGAUAUGACAACAUGAGUCAUUACUAUCAUGACAGACUGUGACAACUUGUAGAAUACCCUCAGGUGUUUAAAUAUGGAUUUAGAGUGCAUUUAUUCGUAUUUUAAUACAAAGGUUUACAUGGUACCCACUUUGUCUUUGAUUAGUAACAAGAAAACAGUUCAAUGAGAACACAACUUUUGGUAGAACUUUAAGGUGCUAUUUGUUAACAAGUAGUUAAUGCAUUAGCUAGCAUGAACUAACAAUGAACAAUACUUACUGAAUUUAUUAAUAUUAUUCAUGUUAAUUUCAGCAUUUACUAAUACAUUAAUAAAAUCUAACGACUUCACUGUUAACAUGAGUUAAAGCACCAUGAACUAACAUGAAUAACUUUAUUGACCUGUACCAAAAUUGACAAGGAUUAAUUAAUGCUGAAAAACUAAAUUGUUCAUUGUUAUCCAAUGUUAGCGAACGCAUUUACUAAUGUUAACUAAUAAAACCUUAUUGUGAAGUGUAACCCAACUUUCACUUUAACCUUCAUUAUUAU